AUUAACCGCCGGUAAUUAUCUUCUUACGUCUCGCAUCUCAUCUUGAUUGCAAUAGUGAAAGAAGAAAUUAAUUAAUAAUUCAAAGCCCGUUAGUAAUCGUGAUGAUUUACUAAUUAGGGUGUGGAUAUUUAAUUCUGGAUGACGACCGAGAUGGAUAACAUGGACAUGCACGCGUCAACCAAGGCGCUAAUGAAUCCUCUGGUGCUCAACCUGGUCUUCUCUUAUAUGGACGCCCCCACUCUAAAAUCUGCCCGAUCCGUGUGCACCUUGUGGGCCGACUUGGGCGCCGCAUUCCUCGGGGAACAGGUCACCGUGACCUUCAGAACGGAGCAUUGCUGCCGAAAAAAGACUUCGAAGUCGUCCAAGGAACUGGCUUCCCUUCACCCGAAACUGGCCAGAAGUAUCUUACUGAUCAUGUUUCCGUCACCUUGUGGUUGGGUUUCCCUACCAAAAAACUUGACCACAAAUUUGCCGCAAAUUUCCAAUCACAUUGUUAUCCUGGAUGUUAUGAUGAUUUCCAAGUUUAUACCGACAUUGGAACAAAUGUGGAGAACGCACCAUUUCCCGAAUCUUGGCCUUCUCACACUUACCGUCAUUUUGAUUAAAGUUGAUCAUCGCGAUACUUCUGAAGAUGAGGACGAUAAUUCUGGCCACUUUAUUGUGGAUGAAGAUAAUCAUGGCCAUUUUGCCCAUAGUAUUGACCAAGAUGAUGAAGAAUCCGAUGACGCUGUCGAGAUUGUCGUGGUGGCCCCGAAAAUUCCGCAAUUUCUGACCCUGCCUAACCUCAGGUCUCUCAAGAUCGUGGUCAGAGAACAAAAUGAAAACGGUCAGGACGACGGGAUAUCCUCGAUUUGUCAAAGACUACUCAAUUCUGCACCUAACAUUCUACAUGUCGAUAUUGACGCCAGUUUCUACCCAGAUUUCACCCCUUGUGAAAAACUGAAGGUUCUUAGCUAUACCUUCGUCCAAUACUUUGACGACUGGGCGGAAGCGGACGAGUUCGUCGACACCUCUGAAUUGGCCGGGAUGCUGGACACAUGUCGAAAUUCGUUAAGCGGUUUGUCCCUGUCGUGCCCGCAUGAUUGGGAGAACUUUGCCCCGGGGACUUUCGUGCUCCCCUCAAGCCCAACUUUGAUGGUCAUGCACAUCGAAGAAAUGUACCCCUUGGGAAAUUUUCUGCACCGCGUAAACCUUCCAAAUCUGACCCAUGUCACUUUCUCCGGUUACAACAGGAACUGUAUGGGCUUGACCCAUAUUUUUAAAAAUUUUGAUCUUCCCCACGAACGGAUUACCUCGCUUACCGUGGAAGUUUUCUACACUUAUGUCGAGGCGGAUGUUGAAACUGCGGCGAAAAUCGUGCGCCUUUUCCCAUCAGUGAAAAAGUUUCGAUUGAAGUUGACCAUUUGUGUCGAUAACGAUGAGGAUGAGCCUAACGUAACGGAAAUGUUGCAAUCUUUCGCCACGUGGGAUUUGACGUCUGGAUCGGUGGAGAUUGAAAGUGAUAAGGACACAACGGACGUUAUGGCCGUGUUGCGAGGGCUGGUUGUGUGGAAGGCUUUGUCACGGACAGCAGUUAACUUUGAAGCCACGGGGAGCCCCACGUUUGUCCUGGACGAUGAGAUGGAAGAGAUUCUGUUAUACUGUCGAUCGCUGAGAUGGAUUAAAAUGUCAGGAUUUCAGAUGGAGGAGGAAGAUAGAGACCGAUUUGAAGAAUUUAUUGAUGAACACGCUCUGCAGAUCAGCUUGUUAAACUGGGUGAAUUAAGUAGAAAUAUCCAUUGAUAAAUUAUUCAUUGCAAAUUAAUUAAUUAAGAUGUAAACUAAAUUGUACUAAAGUUUGCAGAAAUUGAUUUAUUAAUUCAAAUAAUUCCGUGUAAUAGUAAAACAUUGAUUUACAUAUGUAUGUAUGUAUAUACAUAUUAAUUCUAAUAAAUAGCUACUUUUUCAUGAAAAAA